GCUGUUGGGAGUCUCCUGUAUCUAGUCGCCAGAGUUGGGAGCUUGGAUAGGCUACAACCCAUUUGCCCCAUCGAAGGCCGAUUCGGAGCCCGCGGUCAGGCUGAAUUCCCCUUGCGUGCCCUGCAGUUUAAGCGUGGCCUGCUGCACGAGUUCCGGAAGGGCAACACUUCCAAGGAGCAGGUGCGCCUUCAUGACCUGGUCCAGCAGCUCCCCAAGGCCAUUAUCAUCGGGGUGAGGAAAGGAGGCACGAGGGCCCUGCUUGAGAUGCUGAACCUCCAUCCGGCAGUGGUCAAAGCCUCUCAAGAAAUCCACUUUUUUGACAAUGAUGAGAAUUACGCCAAGGGCAUUGAGUGGUAUAGGAAAAAGAUGCCUUUUUCCUACCCUCAGCAAAUCACAAUUGAAAAGAGCCCAGCAUAUUUUAUCACAGAGGAGGUUCCGGAAAGGAUUUACAAAAUGAACUCAUCCAUCAAGUUGUUGAUCAUUGUCAGGGAGCCAACCACAAGAGCUAUUUCUGAUUACACUCAGGUGCUAGAGGGGAAGGAGAGGAAGAAUAAAACCUAUUACAAGUUUGAGAAGCUGGCCAUAGACCCCAAUACCUGCGAAGUAAACACAAAGUACAAGGCAGUAAGAACCAGCAUCUACACCAAACAUCUGGAAAGGUGGUUGAAAUACUUUCCAAUUGAGCAAUUUCACAUCGUUGAUGGAGAUCGCCUCAUCACGGAACCCCUGCCAGAACUUCAGCUUGUGGAGAAGUUCCUAAAUCUUCCCCCAAGGAUAAGUCAAUACAAUUUAUAUUUCAAUGCUACCAGAGGGUUUUACUGCUUGCGAUUUAACAUUAUCUUUAAUAAGUGCCUGGCGGGCAGCAAGGGGCGCAUUCAUCCAGAGGUGGACCCCUCUGUCAUUACCAAAUUGCGCAAAUUCUUUCACCCUUUCAAUCAAAAAUUUUAUCAGAUCACUGGGAGGACAUUGAACUGGCCCUGAAAUACUAAGUCAUACAACACUGUGUGUUGUGCCUGGAGACACACAAUGUCUCGUCUAGAUUAAAAUAUGCACUUUUCCUAGACACAACUGUCCAACUCAUUUUUUCAUGUAUACUUGUACAUACGCAGUGUGUGACCAAAUAUAAGAUCAGUUCUUUUUCUAUUGAAAAUUUACAAAAAACGAUCUGCUAUCUACAUAGUUGCAUCUUUUAAGCUAUUUACAAAAAGAAGAGGUGGUGGUUUGGGGGGAAAGUGACUUCAGCUGUUCUCAAAGAGUUAGUCUUCCUUUCAGUCAGAAUUUGUCGCCUGCCAUUUUCAAAGAUUUAAGCCAAAAGAUUAACGUGUGAAAAUGUACCAAUGGCUGUGAAGCUUCAGGAAGUAGAGGAAUUGGUAAUGCAUUCUUUUCUAAGGGAAAGCUGGCUCUUUAAUUCAGAUGCUGAAUUGGUGCCGUGAAAACAGAAGAUACUAUUUUCUUAUUAUUUAAAAGAAUGUCUUAGCUCAUGAAAUUGACAUCGUUCCAAAGUUCCUGUGGUGAUUUUGCACUAUCGUUUCUCGUAUGGACCAUGGUGUCACUCGUAGCAUGUCAAUCACACGUUGGAAAGUCAAGUCCUUUUACUUCCAUGUUCUAUGUCAACAAAGAGAAAUGUCGUGUACAUAAUGUAUAUUGUUGUAAAUACUGGUUUCACACUAAGUAAUUCUAUUUUGUAAACUGAAUAUGGCUAUUUAAUUUAUUGUGAAAAUUAAAUUUAUUGUGGUAUUUAAAAAAUGGAAUGGAUUAAAAUUAACUCUAUGUGCAAUUUUUUCUUUUUUUUACUCAUUUUGUCUUACGUGCCCCCUGCUGGCUCCCAAAGUCGAAGCUGUUUAUAUGCAUAGGAGAGAACUUGGAAAGAUGCACAUCUCCUUCGGAUUUCUGUACCCUUGUGAAAACGUAGCUAUGAAGUGAGGUUGAGUAUAUUUUUUAAAAUAUCUUAACCAUCUGGAAAUCUAGUAUAAUAGCUACCUCAAAGAGCACAAGCACUUCUCUGCUACAACUUUGUAACAAUUAACUUACUUGCAGUUGUUCUUGGUGACAGGAGAGAGACAAGAAAUAACAUAAUCAAGGCAUAGAAGAAUCAGUUUUAUUUGAACCUCUAAUCAGAGUCAGACCGGUAGAGAAAUUAAAUAAAAUAAGAUUAGAAAACUUGUGUAGCCUCUGUACUGGAAGCUGCUGCUACUUCAAAAAUGAAUGGAAACUCUCAGAACUCCCUCUUUAAGAUGAAAAUGUAUCAGUCUGCUCAGAAAUGAUCAAACUGCAUAGUGUUGCUAUUACUAACAUAAACAUAUGGCUCAGAUUUCCAACCAGAGCAAUUCAUGCUAAAUCGGGUGCUUGCUAACAUCAGAUACCCUGUAUUAUGCUUAAAUAUAAUUCAGAAAACCUUGGAAAGAGGUAUCAACUGAAAAAAGAAAAAAAGAUGAACUUUUCACACUCAUGGUCGCUUAUCCAGGGGAAGAUGUCUGAGGGAGUUUUGUUCAACACACACUGAGAGUGCCUAGCAAAUCACAAUGGAGUCCCUUUUGAUUGUACUAAGUGUUGACUUUCUCUAGGAGUUGUUCAUCCUGUCCAGUGAUUUGAUGGUGAACUUUUCUAAGUAAAUAGCUCUUUCCCCUUCCGUGUCAGUAUAUGUUGCUUUUCAAGCUACAGCCUUAAUCACCUCUACUGUUUCAAUUAGCUGUUUUCUCAGCAUGGAACAGGCAUGACCCCAGCACACACUGACAGGCCACCUUCUUGCUCACUGUGCAGUGGCUCUACAAUGAGAGUCUCAGGUCUAAG